AAAUCCGAUUUGGCAUUUUAUCUUCCGGUCGUUGGACCCACGCUAUCUUCAUUUUGCAAACCCAUUAAUUUUAUAUAGAAUUAUCAUUUUAUGGCAUUCCUUAUAGUUUAAGAAUCAACUAUGGUUACAAUAGAAAUACUGUACAAAGAUUUUGGGGUUCUUGCGGACGCCAAAGAUAAGGCUGGUCAGCAUGAAAAGGAAUACCUGUCCAUUCUUAGUGCUACAAAAGGGGGGCCCGGGGAAAAGAGAUUAGCAUCACAGUUCAUCACUCGCUUCUUCAAGUAUUUUCCAAAUCAUGCAGGAACAGCCAUUAAUGCUAUGUUUGAUCUGUGUGAAGAUGAUGAUCCCAUGACACGUAAGCAAGCCAUUAAAGACUUGCCGACUUUGUGUAAGACUGCCCCAGACCAGGUCUCAAAGAUUGCCUCUGCCCUGACACAGCUGAUGGGAACAGAUGAUGCUACAGAGAACAGUCUUAUACAAAGCUCAUUUAUAUCACUUUUCAAAUUCGAUUCUAAAGGUGCAUUAGAGGGAAUCUUUGGUCAGAUUUUGGGAGAUGAUGAAACUGUACGAGAGAAAGCAAUUAAAUUUUUGGGAGCUAAGAUCCGGACUCUACCAGAGGACACCUUUGACAGCCACUCUGAAGAAUUACUCAUUAACAUGUGCAAAAAAGUGUUACAAGAUGUUACUAAAGAUGAGUUUAUUGCUAUAAUGGAGAUCCUGAAAUGUCAGAAAUCCAUGACAACUGUCCAAGGGAGACAACAGCUGGUAGAUAUUGUGACAGAACAAGCAGAAUUAGACCAACCCUUUGAGGCAACAGACCCAGAUUGUGUUGACAGACUUACCCAGUGCAUCAAGCAUGCUGUUCCACUUUUCUCUAAAAAUGUCCACUCUAAAGCCUUUGUGGGUUAUAUCUGUGAUCAUGUCUUGCCACACCUGGAGGAGCUAGCUAGCCCUGAGGAAGGAGUAAAUGGAAAACUGGAAAUGCUCAAACUGCUGGCCGAAAUCUCAGAGUUCGCAGGGGAUCUGGAAAAUCUAGAGCAACGACUACAGAACUUAUAUGAUUGUCUUAUAUCAUAUAUGCCCCUCCCACCAGCUGAGGAGAGUGAGGAUGAGACUCACAGUGGGGAGCCUAAACUGGAAUUCUCUGCCGUCGAGUGUUUGAUGUACACCUUCCACCAGCUCUGUCGAAAAUUACCCACCUUUUUAUCGGGAGAAGAAAAUGCCGAGAGAUUAAAAGACUUCAAAAUAAGGUUACAGUAUUUUGCUCGAGGGGUUCAGGUUUAUAUUAAACAUCUCAGAAUGGCCCUACAGGGCAAAACUGGAACUGAAUUAAAGGAAGAAGAGAACAAGAUUAAGGUUGCAGCUCUGAAGAUUACAUCCAACAUCAACACAAUGAUCAAAGAUCUUUUCCAUAGUCCUCCAUCUUUUAAAUCCAUCAUCACAUUGUCAUGGAAACCAUUGGUGAAACCUGUAGAAAAGUCCGCAACAAGCACACCAACACUAGCAGGCCAAAAAAGAACACCAAUAACUUUUGAGUCCAAUGGAGCUGGAGGCAAGAAACAUCACAAAGAGGAGAGAUCCUUGUACCAUCCACCCAGCGGGAAGUUCAGUGAAAAAGCGGGAACAUUCACACCACCCCAGGGAGGAAGAGGACGAUUCAACAGAAGAGGAAAUUUCCGAGGAAGAGGGCGUGGCCAGAGAUGGUGAUGGACAGCUGAGAGAGCCAACUAACAUCACAGACAGAUCUGAAGGACUAAAAAAAACUUAAUAUUCAUUUUAUUCUGCAUUUCACAUACAAACUUUUACUACAUUUCAUUGAUUUUAAAAAAAAUGCAAAACCAAUGCAGAGAUAAUGAAUAUCAAGUUUUUUUUUUCAACAACGUAUCGUGGAGACCAUACAUGUGAUGUGGUGAUGGACCAUGAAGGCUGUAAGUUGUGUAUCAUAAAAAAAAUAAAUUCUAAUAAAUAUAAAUUAAAUUUAAAGAAUUUUUUUUUAAUGGUUCAGAUACACAACCUGCAGCCUUCUGGUCAAGUUGACAUUUUCAGGUCAUCGUUGGAUCAUGAUCUUACUAACAUUGGUUGUUCUGAUUGCAAUUUUGAUCAGGAAAACAUUAAAAGAUGCAUACAUUUUUUCCCAAAGUGUACAGCUACCUACAAGUGAGUUUAAAUGCAGAAUCUGUGUACAUGUAGGAAUUGCAUUCCGAGAAAUUCAUAAAGUGUAAAACACAGUUUUUAUGCAUUUUUUUAAUGGAUUGUAAGGUGAAUUUAGAAGCAGUAUCUCUGUACAUCAAGUAAAUAGCUUCAGAGAGGUGCAACAAAUUAAUUGCAGUUGUUCUUGUUCCUGAUUUUUUUUCCUGUAUUGAUUGCAAUCUUUACUUACAAGCUGUUGUUUCUGUAAGUAGACGUGUAGAUGUAGAAAGAAAUGCUGAUUGAUGACUUGCACCGAGUUUGUAUAAAUGAAUGAAGGGAUCAAACAUUGAUAUAAAAGACUAUAAACAUGAUAAAUAGAAAGAAUUGUAAGUUUUUGAGAACUGUGAGUGAAGAAGCUGUGGAAAAAUCAGUUUGGAUAUGU